AUGCGCAACAGCCAUGCGUCUAUCGCCGGCAUCGGAAACAACCCCAGCAACGCCAACAAUCAGGAGGGAACCCAUGGAAACCAGAACAUCAACAUGGGACAUAAAUUUACCUCACGUGAAACGCUAACUUCAAUUGCGAAGAUGAUGUUUGUUUCUGGAGAAACUGCUGAGCCGUCCGCUGAGACCACUACUUUGAUUGAAGAAAUCACUCGCCAGCAGGUCCUUGAAAUUCUCUCUCGCAGCACCUCUUUGGCAACUCGCCGUGGAGUGCGCUCCAUCUCCACCGAUGACCUUAUCUUUUUGAUCCGCCACGACAAGGCCAAGGUCUCUCGCCUCCGAACUUUCCUCUCCUGGAAGGAUGUUCGCAAGAAUGUCAAGGACUCCGACGACAAGGGCGGUGGUGACGCCGCCGACUUUGCCGCUGCCGACGAUGCAGCUGGAGUUGUUGCUGGUCCUCAGGAUGUGGCCUCGAAGCCCAAGAACAAGAAGGCCAAAGUCGGACUUGCCUGGGACGUUAACAGCUUUUACUCGGUCCAGAUUCCCGAGCGCGAGGACGAGGAGGACGAAGAAGAGGAAGAGCAGAACUACGCCACCCUCCAGCGUCUGGCCGCCGCCGACGAGCGCACCCGCAACAUGACCAAGGAGGAGUAUGUCUUCUGGUCUGAGUGCCGCCAGGCAUCCUUUACCUACCGUAAGAGCAAGCGGUUCCGCGAGUGGGCCGGAUUCGGAGUUGUGACCGAGUCCAAGCCUAACGACGACAUUGUUGACAUCCUCGGCUUCCUUACCUUUGAGAUUGUCCAGACCCUGACUGAGCAGGCUCUCCGCGUGAAGGAGCGCGAAGACAACGAGAAGAACCGCCGCGGUGGCGCCGACGCCGGCGAGGACCUGAAGAAACGUAAGCGCGAGACCGGUCUGUUCGACCCCCCUGAGGAGGGUCGUACCCCCAUUGAGCCCCGCCAUGUGCGCGAGGCCUACCGCAAGCUGCAGGCCACCCCCCGGGCGCAGACAGCCAUGCUGCUGCAUAAUGGCCGACUUCCUGCCAGUUUUCCUCUGGUGCUUAUCUAA